UCUCGAAGGGUUGUGAGUCUUUGGAACUCCUUGCCACAGAGAGAGCUGUGGAUAUUUAAAGCGGAGAUAGAUUGCUCAGUCAGGGAAUUAAGGUCACGAGGAAAUGCAGGAAAGUGGACGUAAAAAAUGUUGAACGGUGGAGCAGGCUCGAUGGGCCGAACAGCCUCCUCCUGUUCCUGUUUCUUAUGGCCUAUGGCUAGUGUUACUUUUGCUAAAUUAUUUCUUGCAUGACGAUAUAGAUACGUUAAUGCAGUAAUCCUUGCAACACCUCUAAGGGGUGAGCAUUUUCGACAUCACUUUUGAAAUUAAUUUCUGAUGUCAAUGUGAGUAAUUAUUCUUCCCAAAACCUGCAGCUACAGGCUGGAGAGACAGCGAGUGUGAUUUGCAGGAGGGCUGUCGCUUCCCCAAUAGCCAAAGUGGUCCAAGUUCGAGAGCAUAUUUUGGUCGCUGUGCACUGCAGCAGUGCGAAGCUGUUUCCAAUUGUUUGGAAGGCAGUGCAACCAGACAACUGCUCCACUGUCACUACCUUCAAAGGACUAUGCUUUGUCUAAACUUUGGCUGGAAAACAGAAAUAAAUGCCAACACCCCGCACUUGUUCAGCACCUGUGGAGAGAGAGAAAACAGAAAGACCAAGGCCAAGUGACGGAAAAUGGGAUUGGAAUACUUAGGUGGAUGUUUCUGACCGGCGCAGACUCAAUGAAGAGCCUUUUUAUUCUGUGCUGUAGUCCUCUAAGGCUGUAAACAUAGAAACGUAACAGUCUCAAGUCAGUACAAGAGGAAAGGACAGCAACAAACACAAAGGGAAAUCUAUGAUAGGGUGGAGGGCAGGAGAGACGAUAUUACCUUGGAAAAGUUGUAAUGGCACAAUGUAAAAGUCAGCCGCAAGAUUUGGUUUUUAUCAUCGAUAGCUCCCGCAGUGUUCGACCCCAGGAGUUUGAAAAGGUGAGAGUCUUUCUGGCUAAGAUGAUUGACACAUUGGAUGUUGGACCUGAUAGGACCCGAGUGGCUAUUAUCAACUAUGCAAGCAGUGUGAAGGAGGAGUUCAUGUUCAAAACCUACAACAACAAGAAAGACAUGAAGAAAGCAGUUUAUCAAAUCGAACCCCUUUCAACCGGUACUAUGACAGGUUUGGCCAUUGACAGUGCAAUGAGGAAGACAUUUACGAAAACUGCAGGAGCAAGACCGGAGGAACUUGGUAUCGCCAAAGUAGCCAUCAUUGUGACGGAUGGCAGGCCACAGGACCAAGUGGCAGAAAUAUCUGCAAGUGCUCGAGCUUCUGGUAUUGAAAUCUAUGCUGUUGGUGUAGACAGGGCUGACAUGCAGUCACUGAGACUAAUGGCCAGUGAACCAUUGGAUGACCAUGUCUUCUAUGUGGAAACAUAUGGUGUGAUAGAGAUGCUGACGUCUAAGUUCAUGGAGACUCUUUGUGAACGUGUUUCAGGUUCAGAUUUCUGUGCCCUGGGAAACCACGACUGCCAGCAAAUAUGUGUGAGUACAGCGAGGUCAUAUUACUGCAGGUGUCGUCCAGGUUUUACAUUGAACGAAGAUCGGAAGACCUGCUCACGUGCGAAUAUAUGUGCCACUGGAAACCAUGACUGUGAGCAAAUCUGUGUAAAUACCCCAACGGGCUAUCACUGCAAAUGUCAUCCAGGUUUUAUAUUGAAUGAGGACCAGAAAACCUGCUCACGUGAGGAUAUUUGUGCCAAUGGAGACCAUGACUGUGAGCACAUGUGUGUGAGCACAGCAACAUCGUAUUACUGCCAGUGUCGUCCAGGGUUUACAUUGAAUGAGGAUCAGAAAACCUGCUCACGUGAGGAUAUGUGUGCAGUUGGAAACCAUGACUGUGAGCACAUCUGUGUGAGCACAGCAACAUCGUAUUAUUGCCGGUGUCGUCCAGGUUUUACAUUGAAUGAGGAUCAGAAAACCUGCUCACGUGAGGAUAUGUGUGCUAUUGGAAACCAUGACUGUGAGCACAUCUGUGUGAGCACAGCAACAUCAUAUUACUGCCGGUGUCGUCCAGGUUUUACAUUGAAUGAGGAUCAGAAAACCUGCUCACGUGAGGAUAUGUGUGCUAUUGGAAGCCAUGACUGUGAGCACAUCUGUGUGAGCACAGCAACAUCGUAUCACUGCCGGUGUCGUCCAGGUUUUACAUUGAAUGAAGAUCAGAAAACCUGCUCACGUGAGGAUAUGUGUGCAGCUGGAAACCAUGACUGUGAGCACAUCUGUGUGAGCACAGCAACAUCGUAUCACUGCCGGUGUCGUCCAGGUUUUACACUGAAUGAGGAUCAGAAAACCUGCUCACGUGAGGAUAUGUGUGCUAUUGGAAACCAUGACUGUGAGCACAUCUGUGUGAGCACAGCAACAUCGUAUCACUGCCGGUGUCGUCCAGGUUUUACAUUGAAUGAGGAUCAGAAAACCUGCUCACGUGAGGAUAUGUGUGCAGUUGGAAACCAUGACUGUGAACAUAUCUGUGUGAGCACAGCAACAUCAUAUUACUGCCGGUGUCAUCCAGGUUUUACACUGAAUGAGGAUCAGAGAACCUGCUCACAGUUGGAUGCAUGUGCUAUUGGAAACCAUGACUGUGAGCAAAUAUGUGUGAGCACAGCAACAUCCUAUUACUGCAGAUGUCGUCCAGGUUUUACAUUAAAUCAGGAUCUGAAAACAUGCUCACGUUUGAAUAUGUGUACUGCUGGAAACCACGACUGUGAGCAAAUAUGUGUAAACACUACAACAGGGUAUAACUGCAGAUGUCGUCCAGGUUUCAUAUUGAAUGAGGACCAGAAAACCUGCUCACGUGUGGAUUUGUGCGCCAUUGGAAACCAUGACUGUGAACAAAUAUGUGUAAGCACAACAACAGGCUAUCACUGCAAGUGCCAUACAGGUUUUAUAUUGAAUGUGGACCAAAAAACCUGUGCAAAAGAAGCUCAGAGAAAAAUCACGAUUGAAGAUCCCUGCAAGUGUGAAGCUUUGCUUGAUUUUCAAAGAGACGUCCAGUCCAAUUUCCAAGCACUGGCUAGUAAAAUAAAUCAAGUAACAAAAAAAAUACGAGCAUUUGAAAACCAGCUGCGUCGAUUCUGAACAUUAUGUGAGCACUCUGUUUGAAGAGUACAUCUUAUUUGUCAUUUCUUUUUGGCUAAGUGACCAUAUUGAGCACAGUUCUUUGCAAGCUUCCAUUAUAAUCUUGAUCAGACUAAUUACUUUUAUUGCUGUGCUGCAGCUAUAGAUUUAAAAACAAAAGUAGAGAAUAAUAAGAGAUGCCAUGAAGAAAACUGAAGCCAUUCAUUCAGGUGUUACUAUAUAUUGGCUCAGUUGUUGAAAGUAUUGAUUUUACUACUGUGACAUAUUGCAUAAGUGAUAUAUAUCAAUAUUAGUCUUAACUGUAUACACUUCACAAAUAAGUUGGUAGAGAAAAGAAAUUAGGAGUAAAGGAAUGCUUAAAUAUAUUAUGUAGAAAAUAUACCACCUGAUUGAUCUAUUUUGUUGUCAUAAAUACCAUGUUUUGAACAUAAAUAACCAUUAAUUCUUGUCACUAUGGAUGCUAUGGACAAGAAUACGCAUAAUGUAUAUUUGAAUUCAACUCUAAUGUAUUCUAUUUUCAUAUCCAGUAAAAUGUAUAUUUGACAGUAAAGAAGUUAAAUAAAUCGCUUUGUUUUCUGAUGUUUGUGUUCGUAAUUCAACUAUUAUUGUAGCUGAUAUAAAUGUAUGGAAGAUUGUGAAAAUGCACCAAAUGGCUAGUUUUCUAUUCAUUCAAUCCCACCAGCAUGCA